GCGGGCGUUACUGUGGCGCAUGCCUCCAGGUGGUUGCAUUGAUGCGCAGGUAGCCCUCAGGCCUAUGGCGUGGCUCUGCCUUGGUUCACGGGACCCAAGGUCUGUGAGUGGCCACAAUGUCGACCUUCACCCCCACCAGCCAGAUCCGCCUGACCAAUGUGGCCGUAGUACGGAUGAAGCUAGCCGGGAAGUGCUUCAAAAUCGCUUGCUACAAAAACAAGGCCGUGGGCUGGCAGAGCGGUGUGGGAAUAGACUUUGAUGAAGUUCUACAGACCCACUCGGUGUUUGUAAAUGUCUCUAAAGAUCAGAUUGCAAAGAAGGAAGAUCUCAUCAGUGCAUUUGGAACAGAUGACCAGACGGAAAUCUGUAAGCAGACUUUGAAUAAAGGAGAGGUUCAAGUGUCAGAUGAAGAAUGGCACACACCGCUGGAGCAGAUGUUUAGGGACAUUGCAACCAUUGUGUUUGACAAAUAUGUGAACCCUGAAACAAAGAGACCGUACACCAUUAUCUUUAUCGAGAGAGCCGUGAAGGACAUCCACUAUUCGGUCAAACCCAACAAGAGUACAAAACAUCAGGCUUUGGAAGUGAUAAAGCAGUUAAAGGAGAAAAUGAAGAUAGAACACGCGCUCGUGAGACUUCGGUUCAUCCUUCCAGUGAAUGAAGGGAAGAAGCUGAAAGAAAAACUCAAGCCACUGAUCAAGGUUAUAGAAAGUGAAGACUACGGUCAACAGUUAGAAAUUGUGUGUCUCAUCGACCCCGGCUGCUUCUGAGAAAUCGAUGAGCUCAUAAAAAAGGAGACAAGAGGCAAAGGCUCUUUGGAAGUACUCAGUCUGAAAGACAUGGAGGAAGAAGGUGAGAAAUUUGGGUGGCAGUCUUCAGUCUCUUGAGCUGUCAGACACUAAAGCAUUUUCAUUUCCCACUGUCCUGUUUUCUUUCUGUAACCUGCCAAGUACUUGCUCAGAUGAGUUGACAUUUUCCAUCUUUGUGGCAAACAUGUGCACAAAAAAGACUUUCCUAAGUAAGUAUUACAAUGUGGGAUGAAUUUACUUUUAAUUGUAAAACGGGGUUUUAGGCAAAAGUGAAGUAUUCAACAUACAAAGGCCAGAGUAGCAUUUUGUUACUGCCUUAUGCCUUUGUAGUUUUCCAGGGUGAAAGUUAUUUGAAACAGCUCUUGUGGAUAAAAGGUAAAUUUUGUACAGUAUAAGAAAAUAACUUUGGGGGCAUAUAUCUGUAUGAUUAAAAUGGAGGA